CGUGGGGGGAGGGGAGAAAGCAUUGCCGGAAUAGGAUUUUACUCUUCGGUUCUAAAGUACAGCUGCUCUUAGGGCUGGAGAUGCUGCUGCCCAGAGAACGAGAUAUAAAAAGAUCUCUCUGGCUCGAUUUCCUUAUUUUCCAGUCUUGCCGACAACUCCAGGAGAAGCGUCUAAGCUGAUUACAGGGGUUAGAGAAGUCUUCCGUUUGAAUCCACGUUUCUUUCUUGAUUCAGGAUGACCAGCUAACAGAGAUUCAUUACUUACGUCCUGAAAUUAAUUGAGGAAAUUUAUUAAUUUCCUUGAAACUAGAUCUUUGGAAAGUCUUGAUUUUGCCUGUCUCUUGGGUUAAAACUAAUCAGCGUUGGAGAUUGAUAAGUUUUCUCCCAAACUUUUCCUCAACUCCCCUGCAAGCAAGAGCGGACUCUACUCUUGGGGUGCCUUUUGUCUGUGUGGUAGGUAUAGAUCUGAGCUCAGGUCUUUCUCCGGUGUGCAAAAUUACCGUGCGUCUGCCACUCCCAGCCCUGUACUGAGGUCCGGGCUGCUUGCCCUUAACAUCGCUCAUCCUGUGUAACUGAGGUCUCUGGGCUAUCCAGUCUCCAAUUCCUGGCUAUCCAAGCAGUGUCAGGUAUGGACUCCCACUCGUGGAAUGGGCCUGAAGGAAGGCAGAAAUCGAAAAGAUGUCUUCCAGUAAUGACCACGUUUUAGUACCAAUGUCACAGACAAACACCAAUGGCCUUCCUGGAAUGAACUCAAGUGACCUGAAGACGCUUACAGGAGAUGUGUUAAGUUUUCAUAACAUCACCUAUCGAGUGAAAGUGAAAACUGGGUUUCUAGUCCGGAAGACGGCUGAGAAAGAAAUACUCUCGGGUAUCAAUGGAAUCAUGAAACCUGGCCUCAAUGCCAUUCUUGGACCCACGGGCGGAGGCAAGUCUUCGUUAUUAGAUGUCUUAGCAGCAAGGAAAGAUCCACGAGGAUUAUCUGGAGAUGUUCUGAUAAAUGGCACACCCCAACCUGCCAAUUUCAAAUGUACUUCAGGCUAUGUGGUUCAAGAUGACGUUGUGAUGGGCACCCUGACAGUGAGAGAAAACUUACAGUUCUCAGCAGCCCUUCGGCUUCCAACAACUAUGAAGAAUCAUGAAAAAAAUGAACGGAUUAACAUGGUCAUUAAAGAGUUAGGUCUGGAAAAAGUAGCGGAUUCCAAGGUUGGAACCCAGUUUACCCGUGGUGUCUCUGGAGGAGAAAGAAAGCGGACAAGCAUAGGAAUGGAGCUGAUCACUGACCCUUCCAUCCUCUUCCUGGACGAGCCCACAACUGGUCUGGACUCCAGCACAGCAAAUGCUGUCCUUCUGCUCCUGAAAAGGAUGUCUAAACAGGGUCGAACAAUUAUCUUCUCCAUUCAUCAGCCUCGGUAUUCCAUCUUUAAGUUGUUCGACAGCCUCACCUUGUUGGCCUCAGGGAAACUCAUGUUCCAUGGGCCUGCCCAGGAGGCUUUGGAGUACUUUGCAUCAGCAGGUUACCACUGUGAGCCCUACAAUAACCCUGCAGACUUCUUCCUGGAUGUCAUCAAUGGAGAUUCUUCUGCUGUAGUGUUAAAUAGAGACAGAGAAGGCCAGGAAGCAAACAAAACUGAAGAACCCUCCAAGAGAGAGAAGCCAAUAAUAGAAAACUUAGCUGAGUUUUAUGCCAACUCCUCCAUCUACAGAGAAUCAAAAGCUGAAUUAGAUCGACUUCCGAGGACUCAGAAAAAGAAAGGAAUAUCAGCCUUCAAAGAGUCCGCAUAUGUCACCUCCUUCUGUCAUCAGCUCCGAUGGAUUGCCAAGCGCUCAUUCAAAAACUUGCUGGGGAAUCCUCAAGCUUCUAUAGCUCAGGUAAUUGUCACGAUCGUACUGUCACUCGUUAUUGGUGCCAUUUACUUUGGUCUGACAAAUGAUAGAGCUGGAAUCCAGAAUAGAGCUGGGGUACUCUUUUUCCUGACCACCAACCAGUGUUUCAGCAGUGUGUCAGCUGUUGAGCUUUUCGUAGUGGAGAAGAAACUCUUCAUACAUGAGUAUAUCAGUGGAUAUUACAGAGUGUCUUCCUACUUCUUUGGAAAGCUGAUAUCUGAUCUACUACCCAUGAGGCUUUUGCCAAGUGUUAUAUUCACUUGUAUAUUAUACUUCAUGUUAGGAUUGAAGAAAGAGGUAGGGGCUUUUUUCAUCAUGAUGUUCACCCUUAUAAUGGUCGCUUACACAUCCAGUUCCAUGGCACUGGCCAUAGCUGCAGGUCAAAGCGUGGUAUCCGUGGCAACACUUCUCAUGACAAUCUCUUUUGUAUUUAUGAUGAUUUUUUCUGGUCUUUUGGUGAAUCUCACAACCAUUGAGCCUUGGUUGUCCUGGCUUCAGUACUUCAGCAUUCCUCGAUAUGGCUACACAGCUCUGCAGUAUAAUGAAUUCUUGGGACAAGAGUUCUGUCCAGAACUCAAUGCAAAUGUCAGCGACACCUGUAAUAACAGCUUUGCAAUAUGUACUGGUGACGAGUACUUGAAAAGUCAGGGCAUCGAUCUAUCACCGUGGGGACUGUGGAAGAAUCAUGUGGCUCUGGCUUGUAUGAUUAUUAUCUUCCUCACAAUUGCCUACCUAAAAUUGUUAUUACUUAAAAAGUAUUCUUAAAUUCCCCUUUACCAUACUGUUAAAUGUAUUCCUAUUAAAUGUGGACACUUUGAUUGA